UGGGUCUCGCAGAAAAAAUAAAUAAAAUUAGAAAUAGACUAGAUCCUCUAGAUCUAGAUCAUAAAAACCCUCUAUAAUUAGAUAGUGAUUUGCCUAGUUUCAUUACCAGUAUCUUGAAGAAAACGCUAGCAAGAAGUUGAGAUGCCUAAAUCUAAAGAAUAUCUCAGCUCUUCAGAGUCAGACUCAGGAAGUGGUGAUUCUGAGCCUAAGCCAAAGAAAAAGAAGCCAGAGAAAAAAGAAGCAACCAAAGAAACCAAAGGAAAGAGCGCAGCUAAAAGCAGUGAAGAGAAAAAAGAUGGUCCAACUAAAGGAUCAGGUGGAGAAUUUAUGUUUCAGCUAGCUAAGAUGAGGUAUGCCACAGUGAGUGAGUUCAGAGGCAAAGCAAUGGUAGGAAUCAGAGAAUAUUAUGAAAAAGAUGGAGAACUACGGCCCGGAAAAAAAGGUAUUAGCCUCAGUAUAGAUCAAUGGCAAGCCCUGAAAGAUAAAAUAUCAGAGAUUGAUGACUGUUUGAAACAGCUCUAAAUAUUUAAAUGUUUCAUGUCAACUAUUGUGUUUGAGGUUUUUCUCAAAUUUGCAUUUGUGUGAAUAUGAAAAAGUGUGUUAAUGUACUACUGAUAACUCUUAUUAUUAACUCUUGUAAGAUAUUCGAAAAAGUUAGUGAGAAUUUCAUUCCCUGAAAAUCAUCUCUUACCAUUAAACUAUAUAAAUGUAUAUUUUCACAUCAAAUAUUUAUCAUUUGAUUGUGUAUAGGUUAGUCUCCUAAUGGAAACUUUUAAAAUUCUAAUUGGACAUAAUUUGGUCUCAUUUUACGCUAGAUAUCUUUUGCAAAUUUGUAAUUGCUGUUGUUUUUGGUAUUGUCUUUUUUAAUUCAUCACUGUUUCACCAAUUCAUAUUUCAACUCUUGUAAGUUUUCUCCACUAAAAACAUCACCCUAGUCAUAAACCACUCAUAGACUGUUCAUAUAUGAAUGUAUUGAGCUUCCAGACACUGUUUUUAUUUAUUCCUGAUUGCCUUUAGCAAAGCCAAGCAAAAUUAAUUACCUAAAUAACUUUUUCCCUUCAUCACCAUGUGUACAAGCUUUAGAAGAUAACAAGUUAGUAUCUUGCAUUUCUUUUCAUUGACUUAGACUCCUAAAAUAAGUUCAUCAUUUACAAAUUCUGAUUUACAUAUUAAAAUGUUGUUUAUUAGUGAUAUUGUUGUGCUCUGAUAUAUUUGUUUGAUGUAAUUAAACACUGAAUAUCUUGCA